UAGCUGAACAUGUGGUAAGAUCUAUCAAAAACUAUGUAAUGAUCAACCGCCGUGACAGUGCGUUAACCUUAUGUUCACUUGAGCCUCUUCCAUAGCUUAACAUCAGGAGUUUCGACCAUAGGUUUUUGACCAGCUUUGACAGCCACGACGGCGGCGAUCCAGGAGAGUGACAGCAUGGCCGCACUACGAGCCGCCAAGCAAGCUUUGAGAAAAGAAAUAAAGAGACGGGUCGCCGCUUUGACUGAUCAAGAGAAGGUUCGCCAGUCUCGUGUUGUCUCUCAAAAGCUGUUCCAGCAUCCAAAAUACAAGAGCAGUCAGCGGAUCGCCGUGUUCCUGAGCAUGCACGAUGAAAUUCGCACAGAGGAGAUCGUUGAAGAUGCCUUUGGGAAAGGCAAAGUGUGCUUCAUCCCCAAGUACCUGACCAACAACAGCAACCAUAUGGACAUGCUCCGGGUGACCGGCAUGGAGGACAUCAACACAUUGCCUCUCACGUCCUGGAACAUUCGCCAGCCUGGAGAUGACGACAACCAGAGGGAGGAGGCUUUGAACACAGGUGGACUUGACCUCAUCCUUAUGCCAGGGCUCGGAUUCGACCAAAGUGGCAACCGCCUGGGCCGGGGGAAGGGCUUCUACGACACCUACCUGGAGCGCUGCAUGAAGCAUCCCAAAGGAAAGCCCUACACCAUCGCCGUGGCCUUCAAAGAGCAACUGUGUUCAGACAUACCAGUGGACGAGCGGGACAUCCACAUCGAUGAAAUCCUGUACGAAGACUAGCGAUGUGCCCAUGGAGUCGCGGAGACGCCUUGCGCUUUAGUGACCGCUGGACGAGGCCACUCAAGUGCCUUUUUAAGACCGGACGUGUCAGCAGUGCACGGAAGCAGCCUGGUCUCUCUCUGGUGCCUCGCAGUUUUCCUGAGUCAGGGUGGAUUCAACGGGACGUAAUGAGCUUUCUCCCGAUGAGCCCCCUGGUUUAAGCUGCCUGUGCUUGCGCAUCCAGAUUUCCCAGGCCUGCCUCUUUUGUGGACUGCUUAUCAUAAAGUUAUCCCUUUCCUGAAGUCCUUGAAAUGUGGAAUGCCUAAGUCUUAUCAUAAAGGUAUCUUUGAUCAAGGAAGAUCAAAAAUCAAAUCAUGUUUUUCGAAGACAAAAAUCCUGCUAAUUUAACUGAAUUGACAGGUAAUUAAGGGAAAUGUUCAUAAACUUUCCGUAACCUGAAACCUGAAAUCAUCUAAAUCUUGCUUAAAGAUGUGAUCUAUGGAAUUGCCUUCAAUAAAGGGACCAGAAUUCACACAUACCAAUCCCAUGCAGCCGUUAACACUAUAGUAAUAACUGUAAAUGUCUAAUGUUCCUUUGUACUUGCAUUUGUGCUGUUUGUAUUGUUAACACACCAUGUCGAUCACAAGGCAAAUAAACAGUCAUGCCAAUUGG